ACUGUCAUGGCGGACGCUUGAAAAAAAUUACCGAAAGCGAAGAAAACGCAGCUCAUCUAAGGCGAUUUCCUUGAUUUUACAGAUGUUAUAGCAGAAUUGUCAACUUUCUUGUGACUUCUAGAAAUUAAGAAGAUGGCAGAAGGCGAGGGUGAGGCCGGUGUGAGUGCCAUGCCCCUCCCCCCCAUGCAGUUCGUUAGUCAGUACACCAACGAGAACAUUUCCCGCGGUCUGGCACCCGCGCCGCCUCCACCAAUCACAGACCAGUACUCCAUGUUCGGCAGUGACUACCAGGUGGACGACCAAAUCAUCCGACCGCUCGAGUCACAGGGUAUCCGUCGGCUCCAUCCCGACAAGUUUGACCACAAGCUGGAGCUGAAGAAACUGAACCACUCCAUCCUGGUCAACUUCCUGGACCUGCUGGACAUCCUCAUCAAGUCUCCAAACACCCCACGCAGGGAGGAGAAGAUAGAUGAUCUGAACCUCCUGUUCAUCCACAUGCACCACCUGAUUAACGAGUACCGGCCUCACCAGGCACGGGAGACGCUCAGGGUCAUGAUGGAGGUGCAGAAACGACAGAGACUAGAGACAGCAGACAGAUUCCAGCAGCACCUUGACCGUGUGAUCGACAUGCUGAAGCAGUGCGUGCAGUCCCUGCCAGAGGACAUAGGGGGCGCUCCUGACGGGGAGGAUGUGAAGCCGAACCUUCAGGAGCUGAACCGACAGGCGGGGAUCGCGCAGAGCAAGCGGGACGAGGACUACGGGAAGGACAGACUCAUGUGCAGCAUCGUGGACAAUAUCAAGUCAUAGACUUGAUUUAGGCCUAGAUAAAAAUAUGUUGUGCUUCCUGUUUCAGUCAUUCAGAAAAUAAGGUCGGUAGGUAAGGAUUAUCUUUCAAAGUAAAGCUUGCAUGAGGACCCAUAUAUUUUCAAUGCCAAUGUUGAAAAAUCAAUUGUACAAUGCUUCAUCACUCAGGUGUCAGAUCAUGGAGCUUAGAACAGGUCAGUUAGCUUUAAAAAUUAUGACCCUUGCAGGUCUGUGGCUUUUUCUAGGGUCAGUUGGGAAACAGGAAACACAACAUAUUUUUCUAGGCCUUGCACACACAGUUUCCGAGGACUGCAAGUUGGUUUGGAUUGUGCAGAGCAAGCGGGACGAGGACUACGGGAAGGACAGACUCAUGUGCAGCAUCGUGGAUAACAUCAAGUCAUAGUUAAAACUUUAGAUCCAACACACAGAAGUUCUCUCACCUAAAGCUUUCGACCAGUCACUCUGGUCUUCCU